AUGAGUAACUCAAGAAGUGGCCAUGAUAUUUCGACAUCGGAAUCAUCGAAAACAACUGAUGUUACAAAACAUCACACAUUGGUUGAAGUUGAAUUGAGACGUAAAAGUCUGUAUGAAGAUUUGGUGAAAAGUGUGAAGAAUUGGAUAUUUGAUCGAAGUGAUGGUCGACGUCGUUUAUCUGAAAUGCAAAUGUCACAUCUUGUUUUACGUUAUAUAUUCAAUAAAAAAGCGACAAUAUCAAGUUCGAAAUGUGAUCCUGUAUUUAUUAGUGGUACAUCGACUGUUGCUCGAAAUCAACUUGAAUGUGAUCUGAAAAAUAUAAAUAUAAGAGGAGCAAAAGAAUUAGCUGAUCUAAUUGAUGAUGAACUCACGAGUGCAGCAAGAAAAAUUCGCUUUGAAAAGUUUGAAAAAGAUGAAGAAGUGAAAUUAUCAACAUCGACAGAGAAUGAACUUAUUUAUCGAGAUCGUCGUCAAACAGAUUUCAAUCGAUUAGCACAACGUUAUGGUCGAGAAUAUUACAAUGCAGCUUAUGCACUUGGAUUACGAUAUAGUUAUGUUUGUUUGACAGGUCAUGGUCUUGCUCGACAAUAUAAAGAAGAAACAGGACGGAGUGCAGAUGAUCUAUUGGCUUGUGAAUGUUUUGCUUCUGCGUUUAAUCAUUAUUUUGAUCAAUAUCAUUCAGCUUUUCCAGAUUUAGAAGUCUUUUUUGGAUCACGAGGAUCUUUUUUCAAUAUUAAUUGGUCCAAACAACCUUCCAAUAUGACAUUCUUUGUAAGUCCUCCAUAUGAUGAAUCACUUAUCCAAUUAGCUGUAGAUCACGUUUUCAAUGCUUUGGAUAAUCAUUUGGUAUCUCAAUCCACAUUUAUCUUCUGUAUACCUGGACGUUGGACGAAUUUCAAAGCUCUUGAUGCAUUGAAAGUCAGUCGAUGGAUGAAAGAAUUUGUAGAUUAUCCAAAAGAUAAAUUACCUUUCAUCGAUUACAUGGCAAGAAAUGAAAAAGAUCGAAUUAUUUAUCCAACAGACACUUGUCUCAUCACUCUUUCGACGGAAAUGGAAAAUGAAAAAGAACAAUUUCGACAAUCAACAACAACGAAAAAAAGAAGAAACGAAAGUGAAGAAAUAGAAGAUAAUGAGAAUCCAAUGAAUACAAAUGGAACGAAGAAAAUCAAAUAUGACUUGACUGAUUGA